AUGCAGAUCUUAGACGAAAUGCCUGUUUUCUACAAUCUGAGUGGCGUAGAAAAACGUGAAGUGUUGAUCAUUAUUUUGCAAAUCCUACGCAAUUUGGAUGAAGCCUCUCUCGUGAAGGCUUGGCAGCACAGCAUUGCUCGUACUAGAUUAUUUUUCAAACUUUUGGAGGAGUGCCUUAUACAUUUUGAGCAUCGAAGACCUGCUGAUAGCAUGCUAAUCAACAGCAGCUCUCGCAGUCCUGGCCAGGACAAACCCUCCUCUCCAAAAUAUUCUGAAAGGCUGUCACCUGCAAUUAAUCACUAUCUUUCUGAGGCAGCAAGACAUGAAGUGAGGCCUCAAGGAACACCAGAAAAUGGCUACUUGUGGCAGAGAGUGAGCUCCCAGUUAAGUUCACCUAGUCAGCCAUAUUCUUUGAGGGAAGCCCUUGCUCAGGCACAGUCUUCUAGGAUUGGUGCUUCUACUCAAGCACUAAGAGAAUCUUUGCACCCGGUCUUGAGACAAAAACUGGAGCUUUGGGAAGAAAACCUUACUGCGGCUGUCAGUCUUCAAGUUCUGGUAAUAGCUGAGAAGUUUUCAAGAACAGCAGCUUCCCACAGCAUUGCGACUGAUUAUGGAAAACUUGAUUGCAUCACUUCUAUAUUUAUGAAUGUCUUCUCGCGCAACCAACCCCUGCUGUUCUGGAGAGCUUUCUUUCCUGUGUUCAACAGUGUCUUUGAACUUCACGGUGCAACAUUAAUGGCACGGGAAAAUGAUCUUUUCUUGAAACAAGUUGCAUUUCAUCUUCUACGUCUGGCAGUUUUUCGGAACGAUAAUGUUAGAAAAAGAGCUGUUGUUGGUCUUCAGAUCCUUGUUCGGAGCUCUUUCUCGUACUUCAUGCAAACAGCACGACUAAGAGUAAUGUUGACUAUUACUCUUUCUGAGUUGGUGUCUGAGGUGCAAGUGACCCAGAUGAAAUCAAAUGGAACACUUGAAGAAAGUGGCGAGGCACGCCGGUUGAGAAAGUCUCUUGGGGAAAUGGCAGAUGAAUCCAAGAGUCUGCAUUUGUUAACCGAAUGUGGCCUCCCCGAUAAUGCACUUGUGUCUCUUCACCAAAACUCAUCAGAAAACCGAUGGUCCUGGUCAGAAGUCAAACAUCUUGCUGAGUAUCUUCUUUUGGCUCUUGAUGCUAGCUUGGAACAUGCACUACUGGCAUCUGUUAUGACGGUGGACCGAUAUGCUGCUGCAGAGGGCUUUUACAAACUCGCAAUGGCCUUUGCUCCUGUGCCAGAUCUUCAUAUAAUGUGGUUACCGCACUUAUGUGAUGCACAUCAAGAAAUGCAGUCCUGGGCUGAAGCGGCACAGUGUGCAGUUGCUGUUGCUGGCGUCGUAAUGCAGGCCCUCGUGAGCCGGAAUGAUGGUGUCUGGAGGAGCGAGCAUGUCACUGCUCUGCACAAGAUUUGCCCAAUGGUCAAUAGUGAGAUAACUUCUGAGGCUUCAGCAGCGGAGGUGGAAGGCUAUGGCGCUUCAAAAGUUACAGUUGACUCGGCUGUAAAAUAUCUGCAGCUUGCUAAUAAGCUUUUCUCUCAAGCGGAGCUCUACCAUUUCUGUGCUAGCAUUUUAGAACUCGUAAUUCCUGUUUAUAAAAGCAGAAGGUCAUUUGGGCAGCUUGCCAAAUGCCACACGAUGUUGACCAAUAUUUACGAAUCCAUCCUUGAGCAAGAAUCAAGCCCUAUACCUUUCACAGAUGCUACAUAUUAUAGGGUGGGAUUUUAUGGGGAUAAAUUUGGGAAGCUAGACUGGAAAGAGUAUGUCUACAGAGAACCUCGUGAUGUUCGACUGGGCGACAUUAUGGAGAAACUCAGUCAUAUAUACGAGUCAAGAAUGGAUGGAACUACAUUACAUAUAAUUCCAGAUUCUCGGCAGGUCAAAGCGGAUGAGUUGCAGCCUGGAGUUUGCUAUUUGCAGAUAACUGCUGUUGAUCCAGUCAUGGAAGAUGAGGAUUUAGGUAGCAGAAGGGAACGGAUAUUCUCCCUUUCAACUGGAAGCGGCUGCACAACGUCGGCGACUGUAUGGACAGCUCUUCAGCAGGGUUUCGGCACUCUUUCUUAUGCUCAACAGACCCAGCUUGUUAUGGAGCUCCACAGCUUGCAAAAAGGUGACUUGUCGGUCACGGCUCUCCUCUCCAAAGCGAAGGGCAUCGCCGAUACACUACAGCUUGCCGGUCAUCGCAUAUCUCCUGCGGAGUUUAAUACCAUAAUCUUCCGCAAGGUUGGUGCCGAAUUUAAUGGCAUCAUCGGAGCUCUGCAACAGCGAUCCGAACCCCCCUCCUAUCAAGAUCUCCUUGGAUAG